AUGAAGUUAGGACGUAAUGACUGUUGUCGCGAAGGAAGCGUCAUUAUUCCUUCAGCCGUGAUUGUAACUCUCAGUGAUGCGUUGCGCAACUGUUCUCAGCUGUUUCGGUAUAAUUCGACGAAAAGGACAAGUUGUGCCAGCUGGCGUUGA